AUGAGACUACCUGACCUCAGUGACGUUUCCGCCAACAACAUCAGUACUCUACCGACCGACGCGCUGCUGCCCGCCGCCGGGCUCCGAGACUUGAACCUGUCCGCCAACCUGUUGGAGGUGUGGUCGCCGAGCUCGCUGGCCAGCUCGUCCGUCACCCGCCUGUGGCUGGACCGCUGCGGGCUCGCUCGACUGCCGCCUCUCAGCAUGCCGCGGCUGCAUCAUCUCCAGAGCACCGGGGGCGAAGACACACAUGCGACCUCCGACAAGGGCCGCGGGCAAAUGCAAAUGCGUGUGGAGCGAGUCGAGGUCGCACUACAACACUACUACUACAAAGACGCGCUGUCGGUGGACGAGGGAGGGCCCGAGGGUGUAGAGGAUCACGGGUCUGUCGAGGACAACCUUAUAUCAGACUUAUCCAAGUCUUCGCUGUCUGACUGCCGUAACCUGAGGGUGCUCCGUCUGUCUCGGAACAAGCUGCCCGAGGUCCCCACCGCCGCACUGGCCACGCUGACUCGUCUCCAAGCACUGUACGAACCCUUGGAGCGUCAGCAGGGUGUCUGCGGGGGGUGGAGAGGGGGAGAGAGGGGGGAUAAGGGAGGAGGGGGACCUGUGAGGGCGAGGCUGCGGCCGCCGGUGAAGGUGAUCGGGUCGGCGACGCGCCGCCGGAGUGAAUGA